AUGUCAACCGGCAUCAUCAUCAAUGGUGGCAGUCAAGUAACUGGAGACAUCCGUGUCUCUGGCUCAAAGAACUCGGGUCUAGCACUCAUGGCCGCGGCAUUGCUUGCAAGUGGAACAAUUAUGCUGGACGGAAUGCCACCCGUUUCAGACAUCAAGAACAUGAGCCGUAUCCUCCAAUGCCUUGGAGCUGAUGUAUCGCGCGUAGACGAUGCUUUACAUGUUGCAACAAACAACAUAAAAUUUCAAUCUAUUCCCGAAGAAUUAUCGGCUAGUCUUCGGGCUUCAAUUCUGGUUCUUGGACCCCUUCUUGGACGAUUCGGGCGAGCCAAACUAAGUCUCCCGGGAGGGUGCACCAUCGGCGUACGGCCAAUCGAGGAGCAUAUUAGGGGACUCGAAAAGCUUGGUGCUCGUGUCAAAUUGAACGAUCGGUAUAUCGAAGCCCACGCAUCCCGAUUGCACGGGGCGAUUAUCCAUAUGGAGACUCCAUCUGUAACGGGAACCAUGAACCUUAUGAUGGCAGCGUGCUUGGCUCGCGGUGUGACGCAGAUACACAACGCAGCUCGAGAGCCGGAAGUGGUCGACCUGACAAGUUUUCUAAUCAGCAUGGGAGCGCGAAUCAACGGGCUGGGGACUGCUCAUCUUACCAUCAUUGGCCGGCACGAGCUGCUAUCUCCAUGCCGGUAUCAAGUUAUGCAAGAUAGAAUCGAGGCAGGCACAUUUAUGAUUCUCGGUGCAAUAGCUGGUGAAUCCCUUACAGUCCUUGGCUGCAAACCUGAGCACCAGGCUAUGUUAAUCAAGAAACUUCGGGCUGUCGGUGCCAUCAUCAAUAUCUCCGUUGAUUCGGUAACAGUCCACAAAGCUGAAAGACUCUUGGCUGUUGAUAUUCGGACCGGGCCAUAUCCUGCUUUUCCAACAGAUCUGCAGCCGCAAUUCAUGGUCCUUCUUUCCUUGGCUCAUGGCAUAAGCCGGAUCGCUGAGACUGUUUACGAAAGACGUUUUGAUCAAGCAUUUGGUCUGCUUGCUAUGGGCGCAGAUAUACAGAUUCACGAGCAAACGGCCAUAAUAUCGGGAGUAGAAAAGCUAUCUGCUGCAUUGGUCUCUGGGUCUGAUCUAAGAUCUGCUGCUAGCCUUGUUAUUGCGGCUAUUGUAGCGGAAGGAGUAUCGGUGGUUCAGGGUACCAAGUACCUUGAUAGAGGGUAUCAUGAUCUGGAAUCCAAGUUGGCUAAGAUCGGGAUAACUCUUCAUCGGCCGCAAGAACACGGGAAAAUCGAUGAAUUUGAAACUAAGCUGAUUGUUUCUGCUCUAUAA